AUGUAUAAGUCCGUAGUGGUGGAGUUUAGACCGAAAUUGCAAAGUGUGAAUGUGUUUGUGUGUCUGAACGAUGAGUGCGAAGAGACUGUUGUGGAGUUGCUCGAAAGUUCCUUUAAGGUGUCCUUGAAGUGCAGCAGCAGGAGUUUGACAGUGGAAUUUGGCCCCUUUAAGGCCCAAACUUCGACCUUAAGUUCACUGAAAACCUCUAAGAACUUCAUAAGCUUCAGGUUUUUCACUCAAAAAACUUCCACCGCCAUGGGGAGCUUUAAAACUGAACUGAUUACCAACCAAAGUAGACCAAAAGGGGUUGUUGAUGUGGCAACAGUCGAGCCCAACACUAAUUACAUGAUUAAAUGUCAAAACUGCCAAAAGGGGUUGCUUGAGACACCCAUAAAGUUUGACAGGGUCUUACCGCUACCAGACAACUUGGACUCGGGAGAUUGGUUCUGCCACGCGCACGAUUUGCCCCCCAAAAAUGACCGACUGGAACCGAAACCUAAAGAUUUGUUUUAUGCCCACUGUUUCGUGAAAAUCAAUUGUGACAUUUUGAGAAACUACUUCGAAAAAAAUCAGAUUAUGGUGUGCAAAUCGUGUUUUAAUUGGCUGGGGGUCAAGGAGGGCGGUACCGCGAAGUUGUGGUUCAACACCGUCUCGUUUAACCAAAUCACCACCCGAGGUUUGGCCGAUUUAAAUUCGAUGGUGAAAAAGUUGUUUGCCAAUAGUCUCUUUAAUUCCCUAAAAAUCCUGCUGCUCUACCGGGACGCCAACGGGAUGAAAAACUAUUUAUUGCUGUGGGUGUUGGAAAAAUGCCUGAAAAUUAACAUGAAAACUCCGAAGGAACCGGAUCGGGAGUGCGAGGUGGCCAAAACGUUGUUCAGGUACUUCGAGGGCGACAAUCACGACUUGGUGCGGCAAUGGAAGGCCGAGCACAACGUCGAAUUCAUGGAAGUUUCCCGGAAUAUGUUCUUGGAGGUUAUGAAGGACUUGUAUUUGUAUAAUAAGGUUUAUCCGAUAGAGUUUUCUAGGGCUAAUGACUUUUUAGUUUCGUAUUUGUUUUUGUAUCAAUAAAGUUUUAAUUCGGA